AAGUUAUAAUGAUACAAUAUUAUAAUUGCCCCUUUUCCAAUGUAACGGUCCCUCCCGCUCCAACUCCAUUAAUUCCAUUUCCCUCCUUCAAAUCUUUCAAAAUCCCCAGCGUUACUUUUUCUUCCAUCUAACUCCCUCCUUUCCUUUUUCAAAUUACCCAAACACAACACUAUUUAAAUUCUCAACACUCCAGUUUUAAACAAAAAUAAACAAAAAUUUCCCUUCGCCAUGUAUAACGGCCACAAAGAUCGGUUCACCAGUGUUGAAACUACCUGCGGCUUGUUACUACUGGAAUUACAGAAAUUAUGGGAUGAAGUUGGAGACAAUGAUGCGCAACGAGAUAAAAUGUUGUUUGAAAUUGAGCAAGAGUGUUUACAGGUUUAUAAAGAAAAAGUUGAGAAAGCGGACGGUUAUAGAUCUGAAUUGCAACGGCAAAUUGAUUACGCUGAAGAUGAAAUUCAGCGUAUUCGGUCUGUAUUAGGAGAGCUUCAUGUUGAAGAUGAACUGAGGGUUAGUGUGAAUUUAAAUGAAAAGUUGCAAAUGAUUAAUCCUAGAUUAGAGGAAAUGAGGAAGAGAAAAGACGAAAGGAAAAGGCAAUUUGUCGAUGUUGUAGACGAAUUAAAGCGUAUUUCGAAGGAGAUUAUCGGUAUUACGCAAGAUAAUCUUCGUGAGUUGGUUGUUGAUGAUGAGACUGAUUUGUCUCUAGGGAGACUAAUGAACUUGCAGAAUCAGUUGCAGCAACUUCAAAAUGAAAAGGCCAAUCGUUUGAAGCAAGUAUUGGAUCUUGCGGAGACAUUGAAUUCCUUGUGUGCAGUGCUUGGUAUGGAUUUCAAAAACGUAAUUCGCAAGAUCCAUCCUGAUUUUGAUGAAUCUAAAGGAUUGAAUGACAUAACUAAUGGUAAAAUUGAGAGGUUGACUACUGAGAUACAAAGCUUGCAAGGUGUCAAGUUGCAGAGAAUCAAGAAGCUUAGAGAUCUUGAAGGUGUUCUUUUGGAGCUUUGGGAUUUGAUGGAUACACCAGUGGAGGAGCAAAUGGCGUUUCUGAAUGUUCUUAAAUGUAUGGCUGCUUCAGAGUGUGAAAUUACUGAGCCUAAUGUGCUCUCCCUGGAGUUAAUUAACCAAGUUGAGGAAGAAGUGUUGAGGCUGAAACAACUGAAAUCAAGUAAAGUGAAAGAGAUUGUUCUUAAGAAGAGGUUGGAACUAGAAGAGAUCUGCAGGAAUUUGCAUAUAUUUACAGAAGCACUUGUUGCACCAGAAUUUUCAUUUGAGGCUGUGGCAUCUGGAGCUGUGGACCCUGUGCAUCUAUUGGGAGAGAUUGAACAUGAAAUUGCAAAGGUUAAAGAGGAAGCUUCUAGUAGGAAGGAAAUACUUGACAAGGUGGAGAAGUGGUUUGCUGCUUGUGAAGAAGAGUGCUGGCUUGAAGAGUAUAACAAGAAUGAUAAUCGCUACAAUGCUGGAAAAGGUGCACAUAUCAUCUUGAAACGUGCCGAAAAAGCUCGCGCAGCUGUUAACAAAAUUCCUGCAUUGGUGGAGACACUGACUUCAAAAAUUAAAGUUUGGGAGAAAGAACGAGGAAAUCAGUUCUUAUAUGAUGGUGAACGACUUCUUUCUAGGUUGGAAGAGUACAACUACCUAAGAAAAGAGAAAGAACAAGACAAAAUAAGGCAACGAGAUCAGAAGAAACGUCAGGUGCAGCUGAUGGCAGAGAAAGAAGCAAUUUUUGGGGCGAAACCAAGCCCAUUAAUGAGCGGAAGGAAGCCUUCUAGAGCAUCAAUAGGAGUAGCAAGUAACCGUAAACUUUCUCUUGGUGGUGCAAUUCUUCAGAACUUUAAAGCUGAAAAAGCAGCUCCCAGUAGCUUAUCUCUCGAUAAAAUUGGCGACAGUAUGAAUCGGAAGAGCUCUCUAGGUCAUCAGCAGUAUGGUGCCUUCGCAUCUCAGACCUUCGGGAGGAGAUGCUCAGAGAUUGGUGGUCAUGUGGUAAAGAAGCAAUCCUCUGCAAAAACCCGGCCAACGGAAUCACACUUCAUCAGGAAACCGCUCUCUCCGAUUCCUGUGACAAUGUCUUAUUCUAAGGCCAACAUAGCCAAUUUCCCAGCAGAUACACAAAUCAGUAAAACAUCGGGUGAUCCUUGUUGUACCAAGACACCAAUUCGGACACCAGGCAGAGAUAAAGUGACAAUGACUCCAAAAACACAGCCAAUUCUAGUGCCGACAACUCCAAAUACAGCAUCUGGUCCAAUGCUGAUGGCAUCAACACCAGCUACACCUUGUGUUUCUUCUGGUCUAAUUACUACAGCUAAAAAGACUCUGGAUGUGGAGCAAAUUGAAUACUCGUUUGAAGAGUUAAGAGCUGGUCUUCCCUAUCCUGAAGCACAAACACAAGACUGUUGCAAGUAUGACAUGUAAGCAAAAAAAUGAAACACUAUAAACUUUCUUUUUCUUUUUUGAGAUUGUUUUUGAGGUCAAUUUGGAUUGACUUAAUACUAAAUAGUGUGAUGUACAUCCAGCAGCAGACAGAUAAGAAAUCUGUUGUGAUGCUGAGGCCACCAAUGUUUGUGGUUUUGCAAGUUUAUUACAGUGACUCAGAUUAUAUGUCUGAAAUCUUCAUUCAAAUUUUAUGUGA